GCAACACAUAACAUUCCCGAAGUGGGACUGCUUAGUGAGACUGAUUUCUUUGCUUAUUUAAAUAAUAUUAAGGAGACUGGAUUCCUCGAUGAGGUCUCAUGUGAGCCAGCUGGGAUGUCAUUAGAUGCGACUGACAGUAGUGGUAAGAGGAAGCACGUUGUUGGACCUCGAGAAAGUGCUACCAGUGGUUCUGUAGCUAAGAAGGGAAAGAUGAGUGGUAAAGGUAAAGGAAAGGAGAAAGUUGCUCAAUUGGAAUCGGAAUUACAAGGGCUUCAGAAAAUGUAUGAAAGAAGGAAUGCAUUGUUACAACAGCAUUUUGAGAGAGAACACGAGUUUGGUCUGUCUGAGGUGAUGAAUGUGUUUAGGACCUUACCGGGUGUGGUUGAGGGAGAUGAAUUUUGGUUCAAAACAUCAAUGGUUAUGAAAAAAAAGGAAACCGAGAAAUGUUCAUGAUCCAAACUACACCCGAGAAUAAGCUCAAAUGUGUGCAAAUGCUUGUGAAUCACAUGUGCUAAUUACUUAGUAAUCUCUAAGUAUCACGUUAUAUAGGAUAUUAGUUAUUUGUAUUUCCCUUAUUAU